AUGCCGAGUAAAAAUUCCAAUGUACCAUUUCAACAAUUCAAUAAAAUUCCUUCGACAACUACAAAUAUGAAUGAAGAACCUCCGAUUACUACCGAACAACAAGACAAAUCUAAAGACCUCGAUAAUGCUUUGUCAUCAUCAACAUCAUCAUCAUCGAAUUGUCGACGCCGGUUACCCUUACCUACGAAAUUAUCGUUCGAGCAGAAUAUAACUAAUAUGAUUGAAAAAGAAUCCCCUCUAUUACAGUCAGAACUACUAACUGCCGAACAUGAAUUAUCUGUUCUACGUUCACGUUUGGCAGUUAACGAAGGUGUAACUGCCAUUACCGGCACAAUACUUGAAUCUCUCAAAGGACAGUUUGAUGCUCAUCAUAAAGUCGAUAGUACGACAUCACCGUUUGAUACAUCUCGAACAAAUCUCCUUCAACAAUCGUUGGCUAUUCAAACAUCCCCGUCCAAUGAAAAGCUACCAGAUUGUUUAGAAAUUCACUACGACGCUCAAUCACCCAAAAGUCAUUAUAUCGUUGUUAAAGCAGUGAACUCAUUCUGGGUCGCUCAACCCAUUCCUGAUUCGCAAGUGCAUGAACAUUUGCAAAAAUUUUCCUCACCUGUUAUGAAACGUGCAGCUAUCAAACUACCCGAUAGUUUCGAAUUCGAUAGUGACACCGAUGCUCCCGACGAAGAAAAACAAGCGCAAAGUCAUGGUUCCAUUUCCGACGAAGAUGAAAGUGUACUGCUGGAUCGUUAUGAACAAUUAUCUGAAAUGAAAACCAUCCGUUCAUCAUCAUUACUUCAACAUGACGAUCAAUUUGAAAACUUCGAAAAUAAAAUCGAAGAAAUCUAUUUAAUCAUUGAUCAAUUGCGACAUAAAUCUCUAACACCAACAGUUCUAAAUACAUUACAGAAGAAAAUCAACGAUUUGAAAUUCAUUCUACACAAACUUUACUUCAGCAAACAAGAUCGACUUCAUGUUGACUAUCUACUAAGUGAGCUAGAAAGUCAAUGCACUCAGAGCCAUAUGCCAAACCAAUAUGAUUUUGUUGAUUUAUUUGAAAAUGAUCUCAACAGUUUACAACAUAUUAUCGAACAACUUAAAACAAAUGAUACACAAUCUCAACGAGAUUUAAUUAGUGAUUUCGAAGAUAAAUUAGAAUUGAUACAAAUCAUCGACGAAGAUACCAGUUCCAACGAAUACAAAAUAUCUCCGAAGCCACAACCUAGACGUUUGAUUCCGGAAAAUCCAGUUAUUACAAGUGAUGUCUUCUUCGAAGGCGAUAAAACACUCAAACCCAAGAAGACACCGGCAACUCCACCGAAUCACCGACGAUUAAUACCCGAAGAUGCUCGAAUCAGUGCUUCCAGUUUCUACGAAGGCGAUGUCAAUCGUUCGCUAUAUCAUCAUGUGGACCCGAAUAAAGAUGCCGACCAUUCACCGAAGAAGAAACCUUUAAUUCCUGAAAAACCACUUGUAUCAAGUGAAGUUUUUUACGAAGGCGAUUCGCAGCGUUCGUUGUUCAUCAAAAACUUUGCAGAGAAUGCGCCUGAAUCAAACUCUCCAUCUCUAUCAAUUGAUAACCUUCGAGAGAUCAUGAGUGAUCUUAUGCUUGCUGCAUCCUGGUCAAGAAAACCGACGAAGAUCGAGAAGCAACCAACGCACGACGAAGAAGAAGAGAUUCUUGCGGAAUCAUUCAUUACAACUGAACGACGACAUUCAAAAUCGUCUCUCUGUGAAAUCAUACAUGAAAUCGAGAAAUUGCCCUCGUCUACUUUCGUCGAAGAUCAAUUCAAUAAAUCACGCCAUCCGACGAUAAUCGAAGAAGAUGAAACAGUUGUGGAGAAAGUUCGCGAGCCAGCACAGGAAGAUUUCUCUGUGAGAAAGUCUCCAAAUGAAGUUGCUUUUAUCUUCGUCUCUCCUCCAUCUUUGGAACAAGACGAUGAAGAUAAACAUGAAGAUGAAAGUAAUGAAGCCAAUUCGAUGCCAACUGAUCCACCCAAUGAAAAUGAAUUUUAUUCAUCCGAAUAUGAAGCACGUCUUCGACAGACAUCAAAUGAAAUUGUAGGAAGAAUCCUGAAUGGCGCAAUUUCGGAAGCCAUUGAAUACGAACAAGAACAAUUAUAUUACAAAACAGCUGUUCAACUCGUUCAACAUGCUAUAGAAAGCGCAUUGAUUAAAUAUGAUAAUGAACUUACUCCAAGUGAACUUUCAUCAACGAGCAGUGAGCAUAAUGAUGAAGCGAAUUCCGAUGGGUAUUUGUCGUCGGACGACGAGAACGAAGAAAAUGAAAAAUUAAUUCCACAAAUAUCUGAUCAACCUUAUCUCUUCGUCACGGAUGUUGUCGCAUCCAAAUCAGCACAAGAACUCGGUAAUCUCGUUCAAGAAUUACAAAUACUUGAACAUCAAAUUCAUCAUUCUCGUCCUCGAUCGUCGUCGUCAUCUUCAUCAUCAUCGUCAUCGUCUUCCAGUCUAUCAGAAAACAAAACAUCUCAUAUUGCCAUUCCACAAAUUAUUACAGCAAGAUCUGUUACUGAAUUAACCAAUCUUGUCGUUGAACUGCAAGACAUGGAAGAAAAAUUAGAGGAUCAACUUGAUGAGUCACUUGAAAGUAUCAAAUCUCCUAUAUCAUCAAAAUCUUUCAAUGAACUCGGCGGAUUAAUGAACGAGCUACAAACAGUUUCCAAGCAGUUAAACAACCGUAUUCAUGAAGAGAUAUUUAUUUCGACGAAUAUUGAUUCCUUAUCAGAAGAUAUUAUCAAGUAUCGUCGUGAUUCGUUAGCCGCAUUGCAACAACUCGAUGAAAACCAAGCUGUCCAGGAUAUGGUUGAUAAUAUUAUUAAAGAAGCACGGGAUAUUAUGAUUAGAGAGUCUUAUCUUAAAUCGAUUCCAACGAUUAUCGUUGAUCAACGUCGACUGUCAGGUCAACGAUCGGCAGCGACCAGUAUCUCGGACGAUUUUGGCCUUUCACAUGAAGACAAUUCCGUCGAUCAAACAUUUGAACUAGCGGCGCAACUUGAUUAUCUUCGACGAAUGUCACGUUACGAUAAUCAAACGUACGAUCAGCCGUCAUUCACCUCAUCGGCAGCGGAUAGCCACGAAGACAAUGAGGAUUUCAAAUCUGCAAGUUAUAUGACAAUGACUAAUGAAGAUGGAACAUCUUCUGACGAAGAAAGUCACCGUCCAAGUAAAUCUGACCAACAGAUCGAUCUUAGCCGAGAUUCUAUCACUCAGCCAUCGUCCGACUCACUCGAUUAUCAUUCCACCGAAGUCGAAAUCAAUCAAACUGAAACACCUCGACGAACAACCAGUGAACACAGUCUUCACAGUACAUCAUCUUCUUUGCAAGCACCCGAGCCACAUUCUCUAUCGACGUUGUGUUUAAUCGAUAAAGAUGAACUAGUACUAUCCGAUAAUGAUCAAGAUACAGCAAAUAUUGGUUUUCUUGAUCGAAUGAAAUUGCUUGUCAACAAGCCGGUAGAAAUCGUUCAAGAAGCAAUGGGAAAUCUUGGGAAACAACGAACAAGUGAUUCUACUACUAACGCAUUAGAUCAACAACGCUUUCAGUCAGCUCAUGACUUACACGACGAAGAGAAGAGCAAGCUUGUUCGUAGUCCUGAACUGUAUAACAUUGGAAAUGUUGGUAGACAUGAUCAAAGAUCAUUACUAACAAGCUCACAAAUACAGCAUCGAACAUUAUCGGAGUCUGCUUUGACGAGUGAUGAUUCGAAACGUCAUAGUUUAACUACGACAAGUAACGAUGCAUCUGUCGAAUUUUUAACGGCGUUAUCAAAAGAAAAUUCGAUGGAGUUUUCACAACAACGUCUUUCAACACCGUUUGAUGAUGUACUGGAAAAAGAAUCAAGCCCAGAACAGUCCGAAUGCCAUCCACUUCCAACAUCCACGUUUUCCGAUGCUAUCGAACCAACUAGCAGUUGUCAACGUCCAUUAGCCUUCCGCACACCUGGACAACAGAAUAAUAUUAGCGACGAACAAUUUUAUACCGUUGCAAAUAAUCUCGUACAUCAAGUUUUGAACGACGCUGUUUCGGAAUUGAAUGAUGAACACGAUAACUCUUCCGUCGAAAAUAUCAGUGAUCGUCUAUCAAUCAGUAAUAAUAGUAGUAGUUCGUCCGAUGGUGAAGUUGAAAAGCUAGUUGGAAUCGAUGAAGAAGAAGUCGAAGAAUAUAUACCAGACCCGCUACCACCACCGCCACCGCCACCGAAAAUCUCGCCUCGAUCUCCAUUUUCGAAAGUUCUACGACGUGCCCAAACUGACACGAAACAUUUUGACAUUGUUCAAAGUCCUGUUUCAUUAGUUCCGCCAAUCAUUCGUCGUAAUUCUCAAUCGGACACCGAUGUCUAUUUCCAUACUGUCUCUUCGUCACUUCACGAUUAUGAUCAAAUGCAAAAUUCCAGUUCGGAUGAAGACUGUCCUGUUCGCAAACGUCACGAGAAGUACUCCGGUGAAGGUGAAGAUAGUAGUGGCGGAGGUGGUGAACGACCAAUUUCACGACGAAAACGUUCAACCGAUCAGACCAACGCUCACGAAUCACUGACACUGAAAUUUGACUCGAAUGAUAAUUCGAAGCGCCGGGAAAGUCUUGAUUCUCCUCCAAAAGAUUCUACUGAAAAGUCCUUGUUAAAGACUCUGCAAGAAGGAAUCCUUCGGACAAAUCUAGAAUCCUUGCAAACAGAAUUGAAAUUAGCUAGUCCACAAAAAGAUUAUCUGCGGAUAAAUGUUUACUCAUCGGUAGCGAAAAAACCUUCGGCAAACUAUGAUUACGAUGCUGGAAGCGAAACCGAUCGUGAUGACAGAGCUUCCAAAACUCACCGAAAAUCUGUCGAUGUCGAAGCGAAAAAUCUUUUGGACGAUAUGGUUGAAUCAAUCAACAGUGAUAAACUAUCGAAAUCCAUAUCAAGUGAGCCAGUAUCCUCACAAUCGGAUGUGACAACUGUUAUAUUUAAAUCCAAUAAAACUUCUCUCGACGAUGAAGAACAUUUCGAACCAUCAUCCCAUCAAUCUAAUCUCAAUACUAAUCAAUUUCUUUCCAUUCAUCCAUCAUUUUCGUCGUCAGCAUCUUCGUCUUCUUCUGUGAUAUAUCAACAACAAAUGCAAACAAAGCUUACUUCCAUUGUAAAUACACAAUCAAAAAAGCAAUUUUCCACGCCGUCAUUUUCCACAACCGAAUUCGUUGGACAGUGUACUAAGAAAAAAUAUCCUUCGUAUCCCGGCUCAUUGGGAGCUAGUCAUAUACCUUCUUCUUCUUCUGCUUCUUCUUCUACUACAUCUAUACCCAAUGAUUACCAUUCAGUACUGGCAACAUCCACUACUUUACAGAGUGGUAACUGA